AUGAAGCUACAUCGGGAACAAGUUAUUUCGCUGAAGUUGGCGAAUGCAUUUUGUUUCCAUGAUCAAAUUCAGUUGUUUAGUUUGAAGUUUGAUUCGACUCUUACAGCAUUUGCAUAUCUUCGUUCACUAUCAGUCUAUAACAUUAAACUAGCUGACUUACAAAGUAUUUGUUGUUCGUUUUCAAAUUUGAAAUGUUUGAUUGAUUUGAAGAUUCAGUUUCAUGAUGAAAAAGAAGCUACUUAUGUCUAUUGUGCAGUGGUGUUGUCGAAUGCUCCGACAUCGUUAAGGAAAUGUGUAUUAUCUAACCGCGGUUGUUUAGGGGUUUCGCUAGAGAAACUUGAAACAUCAAAUAAUAUUGAAGAGUUAUGGAUGAAUGAUUGCACUAUAGCUGAUGUCUUAAGAUUAUUAAAAUAUAGUACAAAUUUGAACAAGUUAACGAUUGGAUUUAGACCAGAUGAUGUGAUUACACCAUCAACGAACACUUAUAUUCCAUCACCAAAGUUAACGUAUUUGAAAAUGAACAUUCGCAGAGAUAUUCACUUUGGACAAGUUGAAUCAUUGUUAAAAUUAUGUGGUAUAAAUCUCAAAGAAUUUUAUUUUCAUGCUGAUGAUUUGCUUAGGAAUGAUUUUACUUAUACGGAUGUUGUCGCAUAG